UCCACCCUCCGGGUCAUUGAAGAAAGCCUAAAAGGCCCGCGAGCGUCCCCGACCGGGGAAAGCACUUCAUUUCCCACAGUGCAACUCUCGGGCCUAGCUCUCGCGAGACUCGGCGAGAGGUCCGCGGUUGGGCCGGCGUUCUCGCGGAGGAGGCCAGAAGCGCCUGGGAGUCGGGCCUGGACGGGUGACCGGGAGGCGAAGCCAGCCGAAGCGGACCGACAUGGCGGAGACGGACCCCAAGACCGUGCAGGACCUCACGGCCGUGGUGCAGACCCUCCUGCAACAAAUGCAGGACAAGUUCCAGAUCAUGUCGGACCAAAUCAUUGGCAGGAUUGACGACAUGAGCUGCCGCAUUGAUGACCUGGAGAAGAACAUCGCGGAUCUCAUGACCCAGGCCGGAGUGGAGGAACUGGAAGGAGGAGAAAACAAGGCGGCCACCACCAAG